AUGGCGGGAUUCUUGGUGUUGAUUCCCCUUUUCGUCACGCGCAAACUCGGCUUGGGCUUCAAGACCUGGCUCUUUUUUGCCGUGGUGUUGGCGUUGCCCAUCAUGAUGGCGUACUGGACACUCUUGUCGUCAUUCUCGCCACGGCUCAACGAGAAGGUCCGGUUGCCCGGCAAGCCCGUGGCGCACUACUUGGAGUUCCACACGCCCGAGUUGAAGGCUAAAUACGAGACCAGCAACAACGGCCAGGGCACCAAGAUCCCCAUGGAGACGUUCCACGAGUUGUACUUCGACAACAAGGUGUCGUUCCGCGGCGACUGCUUGGACGUGUUGGAGUACAGACACGACUGGGCCACGUUCCGCUUCACGUUGUCGCUCUUCCGCUUCUUCUUGUUCGGCAUGAUCCCCGAGGUCAUCAUGCACUCCAAGUCGCAGGACGAGGAGCAGGUGCGCGACCACUACGACCGCGGAGACGACUUUUACACGUGGUUCUUGGGCCCCCGCAUGAUCUACACGUCCGGCUGCAUCAGCGACAUCUCCAAGGAGGAGUCCUUGGAGCAGUUGCAGGACAACAAGUUGAACGUCGUGGCGCUGAAGAUCCAGUUGGCCAAGGGCGACCACGUCUUGGACUUGGGCUGCGGCUGGGGCACCUGGGCCACCUUUUCCUCCUCGCAGUUUGGCGCCAAGGUCACCGGUGUCACCUUGGGCCGGAACCAGACCAAGUGGGGCACCGAGCUCAUGAAGAAGUACGGCGUCGAGGACGGCCAGUCCAGAAUCGUCUGCUGCGACUACAGAGACACGCCCCGGUCCGAGAAGCCCUCGGGCAAGUACGACAAGAUCACCUGUCUCGAGAUGGCCGAGCACGUGGGCAUCCGCAGAUUCGGCGCGUUCUUGGAGCAGGUCUACGAGGCCUUGGAGGACGACGGCGUGUUCUUCUUGCAGUACGCCGGCUUGAGGAAGUCGUGGCAGUACGAGGACUUGAUCUGGGGCUUGUUCAUGAACAAGUACAUCUUCCCCGGUGCGGACGCCUCCACGCCAUUGGCGUUUGUCAUUUCUGCGUUGGAGAGCGCGGGCUUCGAGAUCGUCACCAUCGACAACAUCGGCGUCUCCUACUCCGCCACCUUGUGGAGAUGGUACAGAAACUGGAUGGGCAACAAGGACAAGGCCAUCAACAAGUACGGCGUCAAGUGGUUCAGAAUCUGGGAGUACUUCUUGGCCUCCUCCACAAUCACCUCCAGACAGUCGGGCGCCACGUGCUACCAAUUUGUCUUGAGAAAGAACAUCAACUCGUACCAGAGAAUCAACUACGUGCCCACCAUGGCUGGCAUCACCACGCCCUCCAAGGACGGCAUCAAGUGGGCCAAGGAGUAA